UCAAAGUUUCUCUCUUUGUUUUCUGCAAACCCGCCGUUGAAAUCAUUGUGCCAUUCUGCUCAUCUCAAGGCAAGAAGCCCAAGUUUGAAUUUUUCAAAGCAAGAAGUUGAAAUUCUUCCAUCUUCAUCAACAAUCUUCGAUCGUUCUCAUCUGAAGGUAUUUUUGAUGUGAGGUCCUUUUGAGAGUUGAAUGAAGGUGAUGGUUUCUCUCCCUGUCUAGACAUAACAAUCUUCAAAGUUGAUACGAAACAUGGCUGAAGUUGAUAUUGAUGUUGGGAGAAAGCGGCGGUUACCACUAUGGAUGCUGCAAGUAACUACCACUGAUGAAAUAAGAACGUUGGGAAACAAAGAUGAAAGUCACACAUCAGAAAAAGAGCAAUCAUUAUCUCAAGCCACCUCCCAGCCCAAGGCAAAACCUGCCAAAAGGCUUGGAAAGCAGAUCCUUAAUAACAACGACAAGGAAGCUUUGGAGGUGGACUCAAGCUCACUUGUUAGAUGUGAAAACAGGGAAAGAACACGGAAAUCAAGGAGGCGAGGUGUAGGUCCCAACAAUUCCAUCACCAGCUCUAAUGAAGCUGAUGUACCUAUGAAGAAAUCCAGGACAGUAUGUGGUGGAGACAAGAGAAGUGUUCGGAAACGAGCUGCCCCAAAGAAGAAAAAACUGAAGGGUUGUGGACCUGAAAGUAGUGAUGAGAUUGAGACCACAUCACCAACUGAAGGAGGCGAGGAUGGAAUAGAUCUGACAAUGGAAGAUCUGUUGAGCAUGGCUGAAGAGUGUGUAAAAGCCGACAAGGAUAAAGAAUGUCAACAGGCAGCAACAACAGAACCCAAAUCAAAAACCCAACUCCAGAGCACGUCUAUCUUCUCCAAAAAUGAGUCCGUUGGUUCUCUCCAAGCCAUUGGUAGCAUCCAACAGAUACCCAGUUCCGAUUUAAACAAGACCAGAGAAACAGAGAAAUUUAACUCAGUAAGUGAAGGCGCCAUGAUCAAUACUAGCAGAACGGGUGAUCCUGCUCAAGAUAUGUUGGAUCUCUUUCUGGGUCCCUUGCUCAAGAAACCUCGAUCUGAGGACAGGAAGGUUGAACUAAUUAUGGAGGACAUGAGCUUAGCCUGUGACUUGAGUAAACACAUCAAGAGCCAGGUCCCAGUCAAAGAAUCAGCACCCAUGAUGAAGAAGAAAAGCAGCCUUAAAGACAAGGUGGCCAUGUUUCUUGACUGAAAACGUUGUCCAAAUUCAGUUACUCAGGCUCACGUCACAAAUCCAUCCUGGCGAA